GCUCAGCCUCCCAGCUUCCUACCUGCUGCAGGCGGGGCAGAGGGAGUGGCCCAGCCCACUGCCGGCCUCCCACCCCUUAUUUCCCCUGAAGCGAAUUGGAAACCGGAACGGGAUCAGGAUGCCUGACCGCUGUUGAGAGAUGAGUCAAGGCUCAGAGCGCCUGUAGUGGCUGAGAAGUGGCAGCAGAGAGGCAGACUUCAGCGAGGGUGCAGAGGCGGCAGCACUUCUGAGGGUCCCCGCGGAGCAUGGCGGGCAGCCUGGAGGCCGUGGCCAUGGACUGCGAGAUGGUGGGGCUAGGGCCACUCCAGGAGAGCGGCCUGGCCCGCUGCAGCCUCGUGAGUCCCUCGGGCUUGGUGCUGUACGACAAGUUCAUCCGGCCUGAGGGGGUGAUCACUGAUUACAGGACCCGCGUCAGUGGGGUCACACGUCUGGACAUGCAAACAGCCACACCUUUCGCUGAAGCCAGACUAGAGAUCCUGCAGCUCCUGAAAGGCAAGUUGGUAGUGGGUCACGACCUGAAGCAUGACUUCAAGGCCCUGAAGGAGGACAUGAGUGGCUACGCCAUUCAUGACACGUCUACCGACUGGGUGCUGUGGCGUGAGGCCAAGCUGGAGCACUGCAAGCGGGUGUCCCUGCGGGUGCUGUGUGAGCGGCUCCUGCACAGGCACAUCCAGAAUGGGUUUGGACACAGCUCUGUGGAAGAUGCGAAGGCCACCAUGGAGCUCUAUCAGCUCUCACAGCGGAUCCGAACACGCCAGGGGCUGCCUCACCUGGCAGGGUCACACUGAACUGGCCCAGCCCUGUCCCAGGGACCAGAGGGUCCCUCCACCACAGCAGCAUCUCUCUUAAGAGCUUUUUCAAGACAUGUGCUUUGUAAUAAAAUGGUUCUCUAUUUUGUCUACUCCAGUGUACCC